AUGCAACGGAGUCGGGUGCUGAGUUUGUACCGCACAAUUUUAAGGACUGCGAAGAGGCGAUUUCAGGACCAACCGGAGACUGUUGAUAGCGUUUGCGCGGAAGCGAGACAGCUUUUUCGGAGGAACGCCUCGUUGCGAGACCCCCAAGACAUCGAACGAAAACUCUUCGAAGCCGAGUCGCGACUGGAACUUGCGCUGCACUAUGGCAUACCGUUUCCACGGGCUUACCAUCUGAGUCCGGGGGCGACGCCACGCUCACCGCGGCGUGUCGCAUACCCCCUCUACAUGGACUCGUACGUUGAAACACUCCAACCGACGUCGCAGCGUCGCAACACACCACCUAUUGACAGACCACCUAUAUACCACGGUGAGGACCAGGCAAGUCUCCAUACGGGGAGGAAGGCUUGA